CUAUACGCAUAUUCCUCUCCCAGACCUUCAUCUCCUCCCCCUCCUCCCCUCCUCCAUUGCUCCAUCCACACUCCCUCCACGAGCCUCCACCGACCACCAGGAGGGAACAUGAGUCGUCCAGGUCGUCUUAACAAGGCGCUGAGUUGACGUGAGUGGGCAGAGGAAGAAGAAGUAGAAGAAGAGGAAGAGGAAGAAGAGGAAGAGGAGGAGAGGGAAGGAAGAUCUGAGCUGCGGAUAAGCAACAAGCUACACAUGCAGGAGACAGUGGCUGAGGCAUUUGUGAGGUGCUUCCAAUUGACACCAGAUGAGGUAGCCACCAUCAAGGGGUCCACCAGAGAGUCUCCCAUCACCCCAGAGUUCUUUACCAUCUUGGACAAGACACAGAAGAUACGCAGCAACACCAAGUACCUCCUGCAGACGGGCCACCAAAACACUGCCUUGGACGUGGCGGAGCAAACGAACGUGUGCCGUGAAGCAGGUCUGGAGAGGCUGUACCGCUGGUGUCAGGGGCAGUGUUGCUCCCCAGACCCCUCACCUUUGCUCACACAAGCCUUAGCAGCUCUGCAGGAGAGACCAGUGCUUUUCAACCUGGUGGUGGAGGAGUGGGUGGUGGCGGUGAGACGAGGAUGGCUGGUGAGGGGCUUCCUGGAUGCUCUCACCAUAGGAGGACCUGGAGGAGCACCACGACCCAUACAGCUGCAGGCACAUGACCCCCCCCUGGGCUACGUGGGGGACAUGCUGGCAUGGGUGCAUCAGGCCCUCCCUUCUGAACGUGAGGCAGUCCAAUCACUUUUUGUCAAGUGCUCCAAUCUAGACCCAACAGAGCAGACAAGGAGUGCUGUGGCCAGCGUAUCGGAGAGUGUUUGCCGUCCUCCCAGAACCAGAAUUGAGCGGACCAUUGUGACAGACCAGCAUCGGGAGGGAGGCAAGAAACCCGUCAUGUUGUACAAGAUAAGCAACCUCCUCAGAUUCUAUCACAACACUGUUUUGCAGGUGACUGAUGCAGGACUGCUGGUGGCCACUCUUGAUGAACUCCACCAGCUAAGCUACAAGAUGUUUUUAUAUCAGCACUGCAGAGUCAAGUGAGCCAUGUGAGUGAGUGAGAGGAUAGAGCCGCCAGGAGAGACACUGGCACCCACACCUGGAGUGGCACGCACCCUGAGUCUGCUCACUGAGGUGGUUACUGCCGCCACUGUGGCUGACGACGCACACCAUGAUUGUAAGCAGAUUGUGAGUUGUGUGGUGGAUCCUCUGAUGAAUGCGAUAAGUGAGAGUGCAACUGGACUGGGUGCAGUGGAGUCUGCUGUGUAUCUGCUCAACUGCUUCCACCAGCUGCACACCACUGGGGAUAAACUAGAGAUGAUCCAGGGACAGAAUGACGCCCAGCUGGACACACUGAGCCAGGAGCAGAUCAAUGGGGUGUGUGUGUCAUAGCAUGGGAGUGGCCACCAUGUACCCACUGAUCACCAACCCUCCCACCACACCUCUCUCCCAGCACCCAUCGUGUCAGCCUUUGGCCAUACAGGCAUUCAUGACCAAGCUGGAUGGGUUCCUGGCUGCCCCUGACCAUCUCAUGCUGCCCCACACCAGGCUGCUGCUCUCCUCUUCCUUCAGACGGUCCCUGCAACAGCGCACAGCAGAGGCAGUGUGCACAGUUUACAAGCAGCUGCAUGAUAUAGUCCAUAACCCAACCCAUGGCUACACAGACCCCAGUUCCCUCCUGCCCAGUGACCCUGAGACUGUGAAAACCCUCCUCUCCUAGCAGGAAUGCUCUUGUCUGGGUCACUGUCGUUGAUUUGUUGAAGGUUUUGUCCUGUGAGUGGUAGAGUGACAGAAUGCAGUGUGUGUGUGUGUGUGGUGAGAGUAACAUUAGUUGGGUCAGUCUUUGGUCUUGUUCUUGAAUAUAUUUCUUCUUCUACUUGAUGUAGUUUAAAGAUAUGUUGGUUUAGAUUUUGAUAGAUUUUAUUGUGAAAUCUCUUAUAUAUGUGUGUAUGUCUAUUUCUGUUUGUUUGAUGGCAGUUCCAUUGGGAGUAUUUAUAUGAAAUGUUUACACAACCUAUUUGCUUUGCUUUGACUUGUUUCUUUCUCUUAAGAUUAUCAAUAAAAGUUAACCAUUUAUGAAGUUUGUAUCUAUGAUGCACUGCAAGUUAUCAAAGAGAAACUGUUGAGAGAAACUUCCUGAAUUAGUGUUAAUAAAUACUUGCAUAGUUAAGAGUGAAUGUAAAGUAUUAUUAUCAUUAAAACCCACACAUUGUAUUACUGAAGCUAAGGAAGAAUGGGAAGGUUGUGUUGCAUGUUAAGUAUGGUUUAUGGUGAUGGAAGUAUGAGUACUGGUGGACACUAGACUGAGGUAUAAGUCUCUAAAGAGGGUAACCCAAGCAAUUUUGGGCAAAACUAUCACUUUCUGUGAUACUCCAUUUUUGGAGAUCAUGAUGUGUGUGCACUGCCUUGGUGCAAUAUUCUAACUCAGGCAAGAGGUUUUAAGCCCUUUAAUGUGGAUGGCAACACAAGGAUGGGAGUGAGACUGAAGUGUGAAGUGUGAAGUGUGAAGGCAAGGAUGGUGUACUGUGUGGAAAUGACGUGAAGAAUGACUGAGAAUGCAAGGAAUGCAAGAAAAGGCAUGAAGUCUGGAUGUGUGAAUGUGCAAGGAUAGGGAAUUGGGAAAUUUGAGGAUGUGUGUAAGGAACUGAAUGAAUGGCAUUUCAACAUAGUCAGAAUGACCGAGACACACUUGAAAGAUGAUGUGAAAUUGGAUGGUAGUAAGUAUGUGGUGAUUGGAAAGGGACAGAAAGUUCAAGAUAGGGUAGGAGGAGGAGUAACCUUUUUUUUUUUGUAUAGGAAGGAAAAGAACUUCAGAAUAGAAAAGUUAGAUAUAGGAAACUGUGCCAUGAGUGAGGAAAUUUUAGCAGCAAAGGUAGAGUGCACAGGUGAGCAUGGGAAGUGUGAAAUACUGGUGGUGAUUGUGGUGUGCAUGACAGUUGAGGGGGAGAGAGCAGCAAGAGAGAACAGCAGGAAGUAUGGAAUAUUGAGGAAGAUCAUAAGAAAGUGAAAGGAGAGAGUAAUGAUUAUGGGAGACAUGAAUACACACGUAGGUAUUUUAGGUGAGCGGAUGCAUGAGAAUGGUGAGAGAUGCUUGAUGAGUUUGUGAAUGACAUGGAUGUGGAAGGAAGGAAGUGGAAAAGUGAGCCAGAGUAGUGAAACUUGUGGGGCUGAGUGAAUAGAAGAAUAAAAUGGAACAAAAGAAUAUUCAGAGUGGUAAAGAGAGAAAGAGGCCCCAAUGUAUGAAAAGUGGUAUAAAGGAAGCCUGGGUGAUGAUUUCUUCCGAGCUAGGGCACAGUGUAUUGUGUGAAUGCAAGGUGUUAAAGAUGGUCUGAGUUCUGCAGCAAAGUAUACCGGAUGUGUGACAUUGGAGAGGAUGAGACGGUGGAGCAUAUGGUGCAGGAGUGUGUGAAGUAUGCCAGAGACAGAAAUGAGAUGAUGCAAGUGGUGCAGAGGGAGCUGGGGAAGGUCAGAGUGAAGACAGGAAAGGAAUGGAUUGGAUGGUGUUGCUGCUGGGGAUGUGUGGGGAGACGAAUGAAAGGAUGAUUGAGGCAGUGAAGGAGUUCCUGGAAAAGAUGUGCUGUAUUAAAUAUAGGAAUUAGUGGUGUGAAGGAUGGUGUCUGUUUUCUGUUUGCCUUUUUUUUUUUUUUUUCCCUACAGGAGUUGCCGAUACUCCUGGACCAGGAGCAGUCCCGAGCCAUCUGUAACAUUAAAAUGAAGAUCAAGAUCAUCGAGAUCAAAAUCAAGAUCAUGGCUGUCUUGCUCCGCUCGUCUUUCAUCCAAGCAUUGCUGCCAGUUUCUAGGUUAGCGGCACAACCAGCAUGCCUGACUCGGCCACUUUGCCGAAAGCCACCAGAAGAUUGUGUGAGCAUGGUGGUGGUGAUGCCAGACCUGCUGCCACUGUCAAGAAUGGUGAAACUAAAGAAAAAUCAAUUAAAUCUCAGAAUCUGGAAACCCAGAUAGAAGACCAUAAGCCACUUCAGGGGACAGAGGGAAAGAAGACUGGAGAGUCUCACUCACAUGUCUUAAAACAUGAGUCCAGUGUAAAAGAGAAAGCUGCUGCAGAGAAACAAGACAAGAAGACAUCUAGCCACAAGAAACUACAUGAUCUUCUUUCAUCUUUGGCUAACUGACCCCAUAUUCCUGUGGAGCCUCAAGUGCAGCCGUCACGUCCCAAAGCUCGGAAGAAGACCAAAACUGCAGGAAAAGGCAAAUUAUCCCCGGUAUCAGAGCCUGGCCUUGAACCUGAGCUUGUUUUAGCAACCAAAGAAGUGGCUAAAAGUCUUGGUGGGGAUGUGAAGGAAACUGAGUCUGAGCUUCUGUCCACCUUGCGCCUCCACUCUUCAGAGACUACCACUGGCACUGCCCCAUCUCUCAGUGAAAUUGUUUGUGGGCAUGAAGGUGGAGAGAAAGCCACAAUCAGGGAUGGAGGAAGUGCCACGUCACCUUCCUUCUGGUACCAAGGUCAGGCAAGGGUACCACGUUGACCCGAAAGACCAGCCCCGAGCCCGCAAGCCCUACACUCAGCCUCGGGAUUCAUGUGUGCCCAGGUUUGUUGAGAGAGGUGUACAUUAAUGCUAUGUGAAUUAAGAUGGUCUCUUUCUGCUCCCUUCUUUUGAUGAUUUCAGUACAUGCUGUAUUUCAUGACUUGAUCCACUGAAAAGGAUGCUCAUAAUUAGUCUGUGUCCUAAGGGAAUACCUCAUAUCUCCCAUAAAAAAAAAAGUUUGUAGUCUUUUGACUUGAAGUUUUGGAUUAAGUUUUUAAUGAUUAUCCUUAUUUUGUUUCCAAGGAGCAAGGAAACAUGGACCUUCUCUGUGUCUUUACUGAAACAUUACUGGUCCAAGGUUUUGGUGGGCCUGUUCCAUGUAGCUGCCUUGUGCUGCCCAACAUGUUGUACGUCAUACAUUUUAGAUAAACUACUGUUAUUUUCCAAGUCACAGUAUUUUCUCUACACCACACUCUAUGUGCAGGACUCAUGUUGAUCUCUUUGGAGGUCAACCUUUGGGGAUAUUUAAGAAAAGGGAAGAAGAUACCCAUGGACCUGCUGCUCCAAUAUCAGUGUUGCCCACAUGGGAGAGAUUGUACCUACAUGAGUUGGAGCAGAGUAUGCAGCAUCCUCCUAGUAAUGCCUUUGUGGAGAUGAUACAGUGGACUUAGCAAGGCAAGCUGUGGACCUUCCCCAUUGAUAAUGAAGCAGCAGGUUUGGUGGAGGAAAUGAAAGUGGGAUUCCAUGAGCAUGUCUUCCUUGAGAGACACUUGGAAGGAUGGUGCCCAAAACGUGGCCCCAUCAGACACUUCAUGGAGCUGGUUUGCACUGGACUCUCAAAGAAUCCUCAUCUAACUGUGGAGCGAAAAUAAGCACAUAUUGAAUGGUACAAGAACUACUUCAACCAAAAAGAGAAUUUGCUUAAAGAGUUGGGAGCUAUAGAGGUUUCAUAAUUACAAUUGGACAAUGCUGAGUAUUUCAAGGCAAGUUGCCAUUCAUGUUUCUCUUGUAGAAUUUUAUUAUUGUAAAUUUCAGGUUUUAUGCACAAUGGAUGCAUGCAGUAUUUGCUGGUGGAUUAGAUACACCUCCACAUCACACCCAUAUUUUAUAAGGAGAUUUUGAAAAAGAGAAAAUUUAUUGUGUUUUGAGAGGGGGAGGGGGGGGAAUUCAUCAUCUGACACAAAUGCUUGCUUUGUCACAACAGAACCAAGUCUUUGAUAAAUAGUGUUCAGCGGACUACUUCUGAACACAGAUCACCCCAUAUCCCCUUAACCAUAUUUCACUACCUCUUCUGUGUUCUGUAUUAGAUGCAGGGUAUUUUUUAUUUAUUUUUUUUCCCAUCUAAUCCACUAGAAAAUACAGCAGAUGCCUGAAGACCUUGUAAAUAAUCAGAAUAUUUGAUA